UUGACGACAGCAUAUCAGAUGACAAUGUGGUUAAAAAAAGACACUUAUCAAAAUGUUUUCUAACUUUGGAAUUACAAUUAUUAGUAAUUUAAAAACAUAAAACAAAGAAAGACGUUAUUAAUCAGUUGGACAAAAAAACUUCUAAAAUUCAAAUUUUAGCAAGAUUUUUAAUGCAAGGCUAUUUCCUUUGUUAUUUUUAAGUGAUCAGACUUGAUUACUUGGCUUGUUUUUUUGUUUUUUGUUUUUUUCAAAGAGCUAGUGUGUCUGCCAUCAAAAACUAACCUGGCUACAGCGACUUCCAAGUGCAUAAAAAAAAUAUCAGAAAAAUUGAAUUUCUUUUAUAAUUUCAUUUAAAAUUGUAAAAAUUUCAUAUACUCCAUUUUUAUUACAUGCAAAAUGAAAUAUUUUAAAGCCACAGCAAGAAGGUCCAGAGUUCAACUCCACCACCUGCCUGCCCCAGGCUGUGUGGCGUUUGCAUGUUUUCCCCAUGUUAGUGUGGGUUCUCUUUGGGGACUCUGGCUUCCAGUCCAAAGACUGGGAAGAAAGCCUUUCUUCCAUUAGUGCAUACUUGGAUCGGAUUGGCUCGGCUCGACUUCCAUUACAAUCGAGUACAACCUUGUGCCUGGGGUCGUCAUAGCAACAUCCUGUGGCAUAAUUUGUAUGCGACACAAACGCUUCAACAAAGGUGGAUGUCAAGGCUGUUCUGUCUGUGGCUUUUCGUCAGAUUUGGGGAGUGUAGCCAUUUCCCUUGACUUGCAGUGUGUUUGCGAUCAAGAACUACUUACUGCUUAAGUGACAGAGAAUGAAAGUGGACAAUAUAUCCUUAAUUUAACAUAAAACUCAUUGUUGCAGCCGAGGGCAGCACAAAAGUGAUCCCCUUAAACUGAUUUUUAGUUUUAAUCUCCUUAUGUUCCCCUGAGUUAUUGGUUCUGUUACGCUGUGUUAGUUAACUAACAUAAACUAAUGUAAGUCUACUGACAGCAACCAAUCAAUUCGGUGAUGUAAUAUUCCAUACUGACAGAAGAUGGUGCUAAAGGUGUUUUAAAAACUUUAAGCACUUAUUUCUUUAAUCCAGCUACAGACAGAGUCAAAUCUAUGUCAGUUUCUGAGCGCAGGGCUCAAUGGUGUAAAUUAGCCUUUAUACAUAUACAAUAAUACAGAGAAAACUCUGUAGAAGAAAACUCUAAAAUCAGACAACCCCGCAUGAGCAACCACUUGCCAACAUUUUCUGCAUUAUUCGCUUGCUUAUUACGCACAAGUCUACUGUUGUUUACAGCGCUGUCUGCCGCUGUUUUUUUCCCUUUUACUUACUUCCGAAAAGAAAGCUUCAUUUCUGCUGUUCAAUAGGCUACUGAACAAAUUUAAACUUUUUAAAAUUAUGCAAAAUUGCAAAACGCUUAGCUGUGUCUCUAAUCAAACCUCUAACUUUGCUCUGCUUCACUUCAGCAGCAUCAGGUAAUGUUCAGAUGUUUAUUAAUGGUUUUCUUUCAUUUUUGAUCUACUGCAGAAUAUUUUUAAGGUUAUCUGCUAUAAAAUCCCAGGCAAGGAAAGUCGCCUUCAUGUUUUUCUCUGUUUUAUCCUCAGUUACUUUGACACAAAGGCAUCUGUUGUGAUGCUUACACUUUUGCUUUCUUUUUAUAGAUAUAAAAAUAUGGAAAUAUACUGAUACGUGACCAGAAUUAUAAUAUUUCUGACUGAGGCAAAAUUUCCCCGAUUCAAAUCGAAUCGUGGAUCAAAUCGAUUCGGGACGUUGUGAAUCGGAAUCGAAUCGAUUCUAGAAAUCAGUGACGAUACCCAGCCCUACUCCUAAUUAUAUUCACAGUGUUCAUUAAUUUUGUAUUUAGGGAUCCAUUAGCUUAGCUCAUAGUCAAGUCACUAGCAGCAUGGUUUCUUCAUCUGUCCAGAGGUGGGACAACUUUUUACUCUUACUCCACUGUUGGACAGCACAGAAGAGUCAUAGCUGCUGAUUGUAAGGCUACGUCUGAUGUGAUUAACAUAAAGCUGGACAAGAUCCAACCUGAAGUUGCUAACCAAGAACUACGCACUGGUGAGCUCCUAAUCAAAAAACUUGGAUGACGAGUUAAGUACAGGUUCUGAUCAGAACGUGUAACUCAGCCUCCAGGCUAAGGGGCAGUUCUCUGUACAGCAUUGCCAGUGCCAACCUGAGGAGGGGCAUCAAACAGGUCAUGCAGGCCUCAAAGAGGAGAAUAGAGGGCUUCCUCACAGACAACAACCCCCGCCAGGUGGGGAGAACCAUCCAAGCCCUCAUCAACUACAAAGGUCAGAGCCCCUCAACCCCCGACAGCAGCCUCAAACUCACAGAGGAGCUCAACUUUGGCACUGUUUAUUUUCCAUGUUUUUCCAGUCUAAUUGUGUUAGCUAUCUGCCUGUGUGCAUUAUGUUCCAUUCUACCUCCUAUGAGUCAUUAGUUAGAUUUAGUCCAGCCGUGUAUCCACCGGUCUCUUAUAUCAUCGUUCCUUGUCUUGUCAUCGUCAGUCCCACGUGUGUGUUUUCAGGUCAGUUCAGCCCAUCCAGCCAGUCACUCAGUCAUUCUCAUGUUCUGUUUGUCCUGUAGUCACAAUAAACACAGUCCACAUCCUUCACCAGCCUACGUGUCCUACGUUUGGUUGUAAGACAAGACCCAUGCCGCGAAGACACACUAUGGUACCAGCAGACCUGGAACUGUACGAGUGGCAGCAAGCACCACUCACCUUUCUGGAGAGGGAGCUGGGGGUUAAACUGUGGCCCAACUUGAGCACGUCUUCAAGGGGACUCAUUUGGCUCUGGGGGGGGGGGGGGUCCUUGAAGGCACCGUGGUCCUCCACCUGCUGCCUCGCCUGUACGCCAGCCUUUGCCACGGAGACUGGGCGUCACCCGCCGAUCUUCUCACUCUCUCGCCUCUCCACUCCUUGCUCCUCCACAUGCCACCUCACUCACUAGCGCUACCACCUCGCCGUGGUGCAGAGGCUCCAUCAUUCAGCGUUCCUGCUGUCACCGCCAAGAGGAGGCAAGGCUCUCGCCACCACAGCUCUUCUCAUUCAGAGCAGCAACUUCCAGUUCCCGUUCCUGCUCCCAGGGCGAGGGCAGCUGAGACCCAACCCGUCCCUGCACCCGUACCUGCUCCUCAGGUAGGGACAGCUAAGGUCCGGCCAAUUCUUCCACCUGUUGCGGUGCCAAGGGACAGGCGGCCCAGUCCUCAACUUGAGCUCCAGCCACAGCAUCCAGAGCCAGCCGAGGGUUCUACUUCGCCUCAGCCAGAGGUUCCCACACCUGCUGGUCCUGCUCUGUCUCCACCAGAGGGCUAUGCCAAGCCACGCCGCCAGUAAGCUGCCAAGCUGCUAGAGGCAUCCCAUCAUCUCCGCCGGUCUACAGUGCAGCAUCUCUUGUGCUGCCCUCCAGAUCAGCACCGGUGCCGCCGCUGGCCAAACAGUCGCCUGCCUGAACUGAUUUGUCUCUGCUGCUGGCCAUGCGGCCACCCACAUGAGCUGGUUUGUUUUGGAUGUUUUUUACUGACUGCCAAAAAAUGAAUGUAUUUAUUUUUUGCAGUACUGUAUGGAAUGUCUACGUAUAAAGGU